AGCGUCACAGCUGCCCCGGAAAUAGAAGGCAGAGGGGCGGAGAAGAAGGCGGAAGUGGUCGCGCCGGGCGGCCGGGGCGGGCAUGGUAACGGUUUGGAGCCGAGACGCUUGGUGGAAGAGGCUAGUCAGCCGGUGCUGGUGCCACCCGGGCUGCUCCUGGAGCCCCACGCGGGCCCGCCGCAGCCAUGAUGAUCCACGGCUUCCAGAGCAGCCACCAGGAUUUCACCUUCGGGCCCUGGAAACUGACGGCGACCAAAACGCACAUCAUGAAAUCUGCGGACGUGGAGAAGCUAGCCAAUGAAUUGCAUAUGCCAUCUCUUCCUGAAAUGAUGUUUGGAGACAAUGUUUUAAGAAUCCAGCAUUGCUUUGGCUUUGGAAUUGAGUUCAAUGCUACAGAUGCAUUGCGCUGUGUAAACAACUACCAAGGAAUGCUUAAAGUGGCCUGUGCUGAAGAGUGGCAGGAAAGCAGGACUGAGGGUGAACACUCCAAAGAAGUUAUUAAACCAUAUGAUUGGACCUAUACUACAGAUUACAAGGGAACAUUACUUGGAGAGUCACUUAAAUUAAAGGUUGUACCUACAACAGAUCAUAUAGAUACAGAAAAAUUGAAAGCCAGAGAACAGAUUAAGUUUUUUGAAGAAGUUCUCCUAUUUGAGGAUGAACUUCAUGAUCAUGGAGUUUCAAGCUUGAGUGUGAAAAUUGUGAGUAUAAUGGUUUUUGUUGAAAAUUAACUUCUGGGACUGGGC